AUGAAACCAGCUGCUGCCAAUCAGGUCGACAACUUGAUGUAUCUCGAUGACUAUAUCGAUACCAUUGAAGCUCUUCCUUUGGAACUGCAACGCAAUUUUACACUGCUACGCGAAUUGGAUGGUUACGCUCAAGAGCUCGUUGAAAAUGUGGCCAAGGAGUCCAUUUCGCUGAUCAACACCAUUCGAGACCUUGAUCCCAACGAUCGCAUCGACAAGCUCAAGCAACUGGGAAGCCUUUUGACAGAAACACUCAAGCGAGGGGAGGAAAAAGUGGCUCUUGCAAAGACAACAUUCGAUGCUGUGGAGCGACACUGCAAUCGAUUGGAUGCUGAUCUUGUCAAAUUUGAAGAAGAAGCACCUUUGGGCCGCGAACGUAUCACUGCACAGCCUGGUUUGGCACCAUCGGCACGUAGCUUGUUGCGUGAAGUUGCCAGGGACAAAGUUGCACGAGCAUAUGAACGGGAUCGUAAAGAAGGCAAGGUGGAUAAACGUGAUAAUACAGCAUCCAAGAAGCGUAAGUUGAAGGAUGGCUCUCCCCCACCUGGAUCAAUGCGCUCCCAAGCCAUGAAGGAAUCUAGAAUCAAGUUGGAUAAGAAGAAUAUGAAUUCUGGCAAAAAGGUCAAGAAUAGUAGCUCUAUUCCAGCCGAAUUACCUAUCGAUCCAAAUGAACCCUUGUACUGUUAUUGUCAGCAGGUGUCUUAUGGCGAGAUGGUUGCAUGUGAUAACACUGAUUGUGAGAUUGAAUGGUUCCACUUGGCUUGUGUUGAUCUCAAAACGGUGCCCAAAGGGAAAUGGUAUUGCAAUAACUGUGUCAGCAAGAUGAAAGGCAAGAAUCGCAAGUAG